AUGUUUAACUACGAACGUCCAAAACACUUCAUCCAGUCCCAAAACCCGUGUGGCUCCAGACUGCAGCCUCCUGGACCAGAAACCUCCAGCUUCUCUAGCCAGACCAAACAGUCUUCCAUCGUCAUCCAGCCCCGCCAGAGCACAGAGCAAAGAUUUUCUGCCUCUUCAACAGUGAGCUCUCACAUCACCAUGUCCUCCUCUGCUUUCCCUGCUUCUCCCCAGCAGCUUGCUGGCUCCAACCCAGGCCAAAGGGUUACAGCCACCUAUAACCAGUCACCUGCCAGCUUCCUCAGCUCCAUAUUGCCAUCACAGCCUGAUUACAGUAGCAGUAAAAUCCCUUCCACUGUGGACUCCAACUAUCAACAAUCCUCAGCUGGCCAACCUAUAAAUGCUAAGCCAUCCCACACUGCAAAUGCUAAGCCCACACCAAGGACUCCUGAUCAUGAAAUACAAGGAUCGAAAGAAGCUCUGAUUCAAGAUUUGGAGAGAAAGCUGAAAUGCAAGGACACCCUUCUUCAUAAUGGAAAUCAACGGCUAACAUAUGAGGAGAAGAUGGCUCGCAGAUUGCUAGGACCACAGAAUGCAGCUGCCGUGUUUCAAGCUCAAAAUGACAGUGAUGCACAAGAUUCACCACAGCAGCACAACUCAGAACAUGCACGACUGCAAGUUCCUACAUCACAAGUAAGAAGUAGAUCAUCCUCCAGGGGAGAUGUGAAUGAUCAGGACGCAAUCCAGGAGAAAUUCUACCCACCACGUUUCAUUCAAGUGCCAGAGAACAUGUCAAUUGAAGAAGGAAGAUUCUGCAGAAUGGACUUCAAAAUUCCUUAUGAAUUAAAGUUAGUGUUACAGCUUAACACUGGAUUUAAUUGUUAA